UACGGAAGACGAUAUCCCACCAUUAGAUUUCAGAGUGUAGAAGGAGAAAAUUUUUAGUAUAAAAGCACCCAAAGUUUUGAUUUGAAUCAUAGUAUUCAUCUGAUGAAAAUGUCAUCUACUAGCACUACUGAUUCGACCAAGAACGUUGCUAUGGAUCAGCCAAUGGUAACAUACUCGAGUGUAGCAGCUACACCGAAGAUGACGUCUUCGCCAGCUCCUUCGACAAUACCGCAGAUACCGUGGGGAUUCCCGUAUAAUAUAUGGAGCAAUCCCCAUCUUUUCAAUCAAGCAUUUCCCGGAUUAGGAAUGAUGCAAACCAUUCCCGGUCCGGUUGCACCUUCACCACCAGGUUUUCAACCGAUUGCAUCUUCUCCUCCUAUCACCGAACCGUCUACCAUCUCAAAAGCGUCUACUUCCACGCCUGCUGACGAGACAUCUAUUUCUUCUUCUCCUCUCAUCUCCGAGCCGUCCACGUCUACUAUCUCAAAAGCGUCUACUUCCACGCCUGCUGACGAGACAACUAUUUCUUCUUCUCCUCUCAUCUCCGAGCCGUCCACUCCCACGUCUAUCAUCUCGAAAGCGACUACUUCUUCAGCUACCAUCACAAAACCGACUACACAUGGUCCUAUCGUUGACGAGGAGACCGCUGUCACGAGGGUGAGUAAAUCUUCAUCCUCAUCAAGUUCGGAUGAGCUUGAUGAGGAUGAAGCAACUUUUUCUGUUAAAAAAUUUAAUUGUGCACAAACAUAUGUAGCAAAACGUUGUAUAUCUGCACAAACAUUAAGUACCGUAUUUGAAUACCCUAUUAUAAAGGCUAGAUUUGUGAAGACUCAGUGGGGGGAUAGCUAUAUUCUACAUUUAUUGAAUCAAAAAAAUAAAGAAAUUAGUAUUUUCCUCCCAAGGAGAUAUUCGAGCUGGCUAAAUAAAAAAAACUUAGAUUCAUUUAACAGAUCAAAAUUAAAACUAAAAGCAAAACAUCGACUAGUAAACAGAGUGAUAAAAGGGAAGGAGUUAUCGGUAACGGUUACUGACCUCACACUAAUAGACUGUACCACCUAAACUCUUGAAAGGAUAUGAUAACAAAAUUUAAACUAAAAGCUUAGAUUCAUUUAACAGAUCAAAAUUAAAACUAAAAGCAAAACAUCGACUAGUAAACAGAGUGAUAAAAGGGAAGGAGAUAUCGGUAAUGGUUACCAAUCUUAAUAGACUAUUCCUAAGUCUAGAAAGGAUAUAUUAAACAUUAGACUCUUAACAAUUUGAGUACAGUUGAAUUAUUAACAGAAAAAAGAUAGUUACAUCUACAUAAACAAUUGUAUCAAAAUUUCUCGAUUUAACUUAACCUCUGUGUUGAUAU